AUGGACAUAAUAUUCGGUAGAGAGAUAUUGAAUAAUGCAUGCAUUGAACCAGCGGGGAAUGAAGACGAUUUGGAACAACUAGAUUCACAGAAACUGCGAUCAAUGAUUGGUUCCUCUAAACUCCGGGCGGCCAAGUUCGGUUACACCCAGAAGGGAAGGGCGAUGCUGCUGUACAACGGGUAUGCCUACAUCAAAGACCGCCAGGCUCAGAAGAGCUGCAACUGGAAAUGCUCGUUGUUCGGAAAGCUGAAAUGCCGAGCCAGGGCCGUUACGAAGGAGGUUAACGGACGGCAGAUGAUGAAAAUCACCAAACCCCUGCAUAACCACACUCGCGAUGUGUACUCGUUUGAUAAGUGUAAAAAAUCUAAAGAAUAA